AUGCAGGCCGUCCCGCUCGUCAAGACGUCGAUCCUCGCUGGCACUGUUGGCGUCAUCACUGGCGCUGGCUCCGGUAUCGGUGCCGCUGCAGUUCGCUGCUUCGCGGCUGCUGGUGCCAAGGCGAUCUAUGCGUCCGAUGUCGUUGACCGCAACCUCCAGGCAGUGGCAGACGGUGUCGCUCAGGAGGGCUACGAGACCGAGGUGAUCGGCGUCAAGACCGACAUCACCAAGUCUGACCAAGUCGAGGAGCUCGUGCGCAAGGUCAUCGCGGAGCAUGGUCGCCUAGACUGGUUUUUCGCCAAUGCUGGCAUCGUCGACUUUGAGGUGCUCAGCACGACCACGCCCGAGGCCCUCACGCGCAUGCUCGACGUCAAUGUUGUCGGUGCCUUCAACUCUGUCCAAUGGGCUGCGCGCGGCAUGAUGAACACGAGCGACGCCAAGCCCACUCCUGGAGGCAGCAUCAUCAUCACCACUUCCCUCGCCUCGACAUUUGGCGGUAUGGGCGCUCCAGCCUACACCAUCUCAAAGCACGCUGCAGUCGGUCUCGUCCGCGCCGCAGCCACCAACCUCGGCAUGGCCAACACCGGCAUCCGUGUCAACGGUGUUGGGCCCGGCCCGACUGCCACGGCUAUCGCGCAGAACAACAUGCAGGGCGCGUCGCAGGACGCCAUGUCGGCGCUGAUGGAGCAUGCCAAGGCUGCGGGUAGCAACCCUGCUGCCAUGUCUGCCGUCGCGCCGCCAGAGUACAUUGCUCAGACCGCCGUCUUCCUCGCUUCGGACAUGGCGGCUGGUGUUAAUGGCGAGAACAUCAUUGUCGACAAGGGCCUCCGCCAGAAACCCGACCCCUUCAGCGGCCUCAUGUUCAACCCGAGCAUUGAGCCUCUCUAG